AUGGAGCCAAGCAGAGUCACAACCCCGGGCGUGACCAGGCACUGGGACUCCGACGCCUGCCUCCAGCUCUGGUACCUGUCCUUCCGCAGCUCCCCUGGACGCUGCAUGGAGCCAAGCAGAGUCACAACGCUGGGUGUGACCAGGCACUGGCGCUCCGACGCCUGCCUCCAGCUCUGUGGCCUUGGUAGCCUUGGUGAUUGGAACGAAGCCUCGGACACUGAGUUCAACAGCAAACAACUACCCAGCCGGCUGUGCGUGCACAUGGCACAAAAGGAAGCCGACGGCUACUUUUCUCACCGGCCAAAAGAGAAAGUGCGAACAGACAGCAACAACGAGAACUCUGUCCCCAAAGACUUUGAGAAUGUCGACAACAGCAACUUUGCACCCAGGACUCAAAAGCAGAAGCACCAGCCUGAGUUGGCGAAGAAGCCACCGAGUAGACAGAAGGAGCUUUUGAAAAGGAAGCUGGAACAGCAGGAAAAAGGAAAAGGACAUGCAUUCCCUGGGAAAGGCCCCGGUGAGGUGCUGCCUCCCGGGGACAGAGCCGCAGCCAACAGCAGCCGUGGGAAAGAUGUGUCCAGACUGCCUCAUGCCAGGAAAACUGGGGGCAGCUCCCCCGAGACGAAGUAUGACCAGCCCCCCAAGUGUGACAUCUCGGGCAAGGAGGCCAUCUCUGCCCUGUCCCGUGCUAAGUCCAAGCACUGCCGCCAGGAGAUUGGGGAGACCUACUGCCGCCACAAGUUAGGACUGCUGAUGCCUGAGAAGGUGACUCGGUUCUGCCCCCUGGAGGGUAAAGCCAACAAGAACGUACAGUGGGAUGAGGACUCUGUGGAGUACAUGCCGGCCAACCCGGUCAGAAUCGCCUUUGUCCUGGUGGUCCACGGCCGCGCCUCUCGGCAGUUGCAGCGCAUGUUCAAGGCCAUCUACCACAAAGACCACUUCUACUACAUCCACGUGGACAAGCGCUCUAAUUACCUGCAUCGACAAGUGCUCCAGGUCUCCAGGCAGUACAGCAAUGUCCGCGUCACCCCCUGGAGAAUGGCCACCAUCUGGGGGGGAGCCAGCCUCCUCUCCACCUACCUGCAAAGCAUGCGGGACCUCCUGGAGAUGACCGACUGGCCCUGGGACUUCUUCAUCAACCUCAGUGCGGCCGACUACCCCAUCAGGACAAAUGACCAGCUGGUGGCGUUUCUCUCCCGAUACCGAGAUAUGAAUUUCUUGAAGUCACACGGCCGGGACAAUGCAAGGUUCAUUCGGAAGCAGGGCCUGGAUCGGCUCUUCCUGGAGUGCGACGCUCACAUGUGGCGCCUGGGAGAUCGGCGGAUCCCAGAGGGCAUCGCCGUGGAUGGUGGCUCGGACUGGUUCCUGCUGAACCGGAAGUUUGUAGAGUAUGUGACGUUCUCCACAGACGAUCUGGUGACCAAGAUGAAACAGUUCUACUCCUACACCCUGCUUCCUGCCGAGUCCUUCUUCCAUACGGUCCUGGAGAACAGCCCCCACUGCGACACCAUGGUGGACAACAACCUGCGCAUCACCAACUGGAAUCGCAAGCUGGGCUGCAAGUGCCAGUACAAGCACAUCGUGGACUGGUGCGGCUGCUCCCCCAAUGACUUCAAGCCACAGGACUUCCACCGCUUCCAGCAGACAGCCCGGCCUACCUUCUUUGCCCGCAAGUUCGAAGCUGUGGUGAAUCAGGAAAUCAUUGGGCAGCUGGACUAUUACCUGUACGGGAACUACCCUGCAGGUACCCCGGGCCUCCGCUCUUACUGGGAGAAUGUCUAUGACGAGCCUGAUGGCAUCCACAGCCUGAGCGACGUGACACUCACCUUGUACCACUCCUUUGCCCGCCUGGGUCUUCGACGGGCCGAGACAUCCCUGCACACGGAUGGGGAGAACAGCUGCCGGUACUACCCAAUGGGCCACCCAGCAUCUGUCCACCUCUACUUCCUUGCCGACCGCUUCCAGGGCUUUCUGAUCAAGCAUCAUGCUACCAAUCUGGCCGUGAGCAAACUGGAGACUCUGGAGACCUGGGUGAUGCCAAAAAAAGUCUUCAAGAUCGCAAGCCCACCCAGCGACUUUGGGAGGCUUCAGUUUUCCGAGGUCGGCACUGACUGGGAUGCCAAGGAGCGGCUGUUCCGCAACUUUGGGGGUCUCCUGGGGCCCAUGGAUGAGCCGGUGGGUAUGCAGAAGUGGGGGAAGGGGCCCAACGUGACCGUGACCGUCAUUUGGGUGGAUCCCAUCAACGUCAUCGCAGCCACCUACGACAUCCUGAUUGAGUCCACUGCCGAAUUCACGCACUACAAGCCCCCUUUGAACUUGCCCCUGAGGCCUGGGGUCUGGACAGUGAAAAUUCUCCACCACUGGGUGCCAGUUGCAGAGACCAAAUUCCUCGUUGCGCCUCUGACCUUCUCCAACAGGCAGCCCAUCAAACCGGAGGAGGCACUGAAGCUGCACAAUGGGCCCCUCCGCAACGCCUACAUGGAGCAAAGCUUCCAGAGCCUGAACCCCGUCCUCAGCCUGCCCAUCAGCCCCGCCCAGGUGGAGCAGGCACGGAGGAACGCAGCCUCCACGGGCACAGUGCUGGAGGGAUGGCUGGACUCGUUGGUGGGCGGGAUGUGGACUGCCAUGGACAUCUGUGCCACGGGCCCCACGGCCUGCCGGGUCAUGCAGAUCUGCAGCCAGACGGCCUGGAGCUCCUUCAGCCCUGACCCCAAGUCGGAGCUGGGGGCGGUCAAACCUGAUGGCCGGCUCAGGUAGCACUGGGCACGAGGAGUGGGCCACAGCAGGAUCUCAACAGGAAAGCAGCCAGAGGGGUUGUGAGGCCUGAACCCUGGCCUCCCACCCUGGGGGGGGCACCCUCUGAGAAUGGGUCUCUCCUGGCCAUAGAAUGAUGGAAAGGGAAGGUCAGCAGGUCAAAGCAGGAUCAGCCAACAACCUGCCUUUGGCAAGCUGCGGGUGGGACGGCUCAGUCCCUGCACUGUGACGGUCUCACCUUUUCUGGUUGAUCCUCAAGUCCUACAGGUUCCUUGUCUUCCCCGUCCAGUGACCCACCCCGCCCCCAGACGAGUGAUUUUGAAACGUUUAUUUUGAGCAGCAGAACUUUUGUUUACUGAGCACAGUCAUAAGUGGAGUUCAGGGUGCGGACGAAAUCCAAGCUGCUCUGGUUGAAGCUCAAGAGUACAAGGCUCCCUCCCAAAGCUCAGCCCUCCGGUCGGUCCCCUUGCCCAGGGUAUCUCCUACGGUACCUCUUCAGAACCCAAGGGCUCUGCAAAUGCCAGUUUGACAAGCACUGCCCAGACCAACCAUGGGUUCAAACUCCAGCCCCGCCCUUUGGUUCAUCUUUCUGCUCCUCCCUUGGCUGAGGGACUUUUGUGCCAGCCUUGGUCGUGGUCCCUUUCUCAUGGAGACUGCAGCCUUAGGAGAGCUCUGAGCCUCUCAGUGGCCCUCCUUGGUUUGAGCUAUUCUCCUUAGUAACUAGGUAAGUGGGAAAGCCUUUUGAUGUGGCAUGGCCAAGGUCUAGCCACAAGUGCAACUGCCACCUGUUCAGGGGUCUAGGCUUCCUUCCCUCAAGGCUGCCACACAAAGUAGCAGAAAUAGGAUGAUGUUUGUGAGCACCAAACUCAAGACCAUGACCUUCUUUGAUCCUUGAAAAUGGGAACUUUGAUGGCCAUGACCAUGAAACUCACAAGGCAACCCCGUGAAACUCACAAAGCAAUGCUUGGAGCAAAACUCCUGAGCUAGAUAGCACAGCAGCACCCAUCCCCUGCCAGAGCCCUUCUGUUCUGAGGUCAGACACACAAACCCUUUGUCAGUUGCAUGCCGGUGCUGUUGGGAGUGACCAAACCGCAUGAACCAGACUUUUCCCGUCCAGGAAAUAGCAUUUCAGAUUUGGUUUUUAAUUUCAUGCCCUUCCUAAUCCAAGGGGCCAACAGGCUCAAUGGGACAUGCAACAUACAAGUAGGAAGGUUAUUUAAACAACAAAAAACAGUAUGAUUCAAGUGUUUGAGUUAUCAGAAACCCAAAAGGUUUCCCUGCCACGAGCCCCCUGGAGUGUCAUCCCUG